AUGGCCUCAGAGGCACCGUUUGGACCUUCUCUUCUUCAAGGUGGAGUGGAAAGAGGAGCCAGGCAGCUUCCUCAGGUAGGGAAAGAGCAUUGGGGAAUCAGGUUGGACGGAAGAGGCACAGAUGGGACCACCCAGCCUCCCUCUGUGUUGAGUGGGGAUGAUGGGGAUCUAAGAGCAGCUCUGUCUUCUUCCUCUUCUUCUUCUUCGUCUUCUUCCUCCUCUUCCAGGCCCUCUUGACCUUUGAGGAUGUUACUGUCUUUUUCACGGAGGAGGAGUGGGCUCUGCUGGAUCCAGGCCAAAGAGCUCUGCACAAGGAAGUCAUGGAGGAGAAUUAUGAGAUGGUGGCCUCUCUAGGUAAGGGCAGAUUUGUAACCCUCUUGUCUGUUAGACGUUGGAGGUGUGAAUCUCCUGUUUGAGCCAUUUAUUCACGCUGUGAAGAAACGACAUAUGAAUAGGAUUAGGCCAGUGGCCCAUCUAGUCCAGCAUCCUGUUCUCACACUGGCAAAGCCAGAUGCCUCUGGGAAACCAACAAGCAGGAUUCGAACACAAGAGCACUCUUGCCUCAUGUAGUUUCCAGUAUUUAGGGACACUGCUGUCUUCUGAGUGUGGAGGCAUUGCAGAGCCAUCACAGCGAGUGGCUGGCAAUAGACCUCUCCUCCAGAUAUUUGGGCCAUCAUUGCUCCCUGUGGGAUCGAGUUCCCUAGUUUAAGCUGUGUGAAGGAGGCUGAUCUUUUAUCUGUGCUUAGUGAAUAAUUAUAAUAAUUUAUUAUUUCUACCCCAUCCAUCUGUCUGGGUUUCCCCAGCCAAUCUGGGCGGCUUCCAAUAAAAUUAAAAGCAGCUCCCUAAACAGGGCUGCCUUCAGAUGUCUUCUAAAAGUCGGGUAGUUGUUUAUUUCCUUAACAUCUGAUGGGAGGGCGUACCACAGGGCGGGCACCACUACCAAGAAGGCCCUCUGCCUGGUUCCUUGUAACCUCACUUCUCGCAGGGAAGGAACCUCCAGAAGGCCCUUGGAGGUGGACCUCAGUGUCUGGGCUGAACGAUGGGGGUGGAGAUGCUCCUUCAGGUAUACUGGUCCAAAGCCGUUUAGAACUUUAAACGUCAGCACCAACACUUUGAAUUGUGCUUGGAAACUUACCGGGAGCCAGUGUAGCUCUUUCAGGACCAGUGUUAUGUGGUCUCGGCUGCCACUCCCUGUCACCAGUCUAGCUGCCACAUUCUGGAUUAGUUGCAGUUUCCGGGUCAUCUUCAAAGGUGGCCCCACAUAGAGCGUGUUGCAGUAGUCCAAGCUGGAGUUAACUAGAGCAUGCACCACUCUGGCGAGACAGUCUGCGGGCAGGUAGGGUCUCAGCCUGCGUACCAGAUGAAGCUGGUAGGCAGUUGCCCUGGACACAGAGUUGACCUGCACCUCCAUGGACAGUUGUGAGUCCAAAAUAACUCCCAGGCUCCACACCUGCUCCUUCAGAGGUACAGUUACCCCAUUCAGGAGCAGGGAGUCCCCCACACCCGCUCGCUCCCUGUCCCCCCAAAAGAGUACUUCUGUCUUGUCAGGAUUCAACCUCUUAGCCACCAUCCAUCCUCCAACCACCUCCAGGCACUCACACAGGACCUUCACUGCCUUCAAUGGUUCCAAUUUGAAAGGGAGGUAGAGCUGGGUUUCAUCCGCAUACUGUUGAACACCCAGCCCAAUCCCCCUGAUGAUCUCUCCCAGCGGCUUCAUAUAGAUAUUAAAAAGCAUGGGGGAGAGGACGGAAUCCUGAGGCUCCCCUAGCAGCACUUUCUGGACACGGCCCAGGAGGAAGUAGCGGAACCACUGUAUAACAGUGCCCCCAGUUCCGAGCUCCCCUAGACGUUCCUCAAGGUUGUAAUGAUGAUCCAGCAGAACUAGGAAACAGCUUUCACCUUUGUCCCAGGCCCGCCGGAGAUCAAGGUCCGCAUCUUCCAUGCGUGCCUGGGGUUGUUCUGCAACCACCUGUUCAAUCACCUUGCCCAAGAAUGGAAGAUUUGAGACUGGGCGAUAGUUGGCCAUAUUGGCCAGGUCUAAAGAUGUUUUUUUAAGAAGCAGUUUAAUAACCGCCUCUUUCAGCGGGUCUAGGAAAGCUCCCUCACAGAGGGAAGCAUUCACCACCCCGCAGAGCCCAGAGCCGAGUCCUUCCCGGCUCGCUUUUAUGAGCCAGGAUGGGCAAGGAUGAAGGAGACAGGUGGUCAGUUUCACUCGUUCAAGCAGCCUGUCCAGAUCCUCAGAGGUAACAGAUUGGAAUUGAUCCCAUGAAACUUGACUAGACUGGCCCUGCUCCCAUGGUGGAGUCUACUUCCUUCCAAAUCUGAGUGACCUUAUCUGCAAAAAAACUUUGCAAAAUCAUUGCAGGAGAUCUUGGGGCCCUUAUUGGGCCCUGAUGGUGCAGGUGGUUCCGUUAAAUUAUGAACCACUUGAAAGAGCCGCCUCCUGCUGUUUGCUGCAGAUGCAAUAGAGGCAGCGAAGAAGGUCCUCUUCGCUGUUGCUAUUGCCACUUGGUAGGCUCGACAUUGAGCUCUAACCUGUGUCCGGUCUUAUUCAGAAUGAGUUUUCCGCCACCAGCACUGUAGCCGUCUCAGCGAUUGUUUCAUUGCCCUCAGCUCCAGGGAGCUCCAUGCAAUCAGAGAGGGCGCUUUGAGGCCAGACAGUCAAUAGAAUCACAGAAUCAUAGAAUCAUAGAGUUGGAAGAGACCACAAGGGCCAUCGAGUCCAACCCCCUGCCAAGCAGGAAACACCAUCAGAGCACUCCUGACAUAUGGUUGUCAAGCCUCUGCUUAAAGACCUCCAAAGAAGGAGACUCCACCACACUCCUUGGCAGCAAAUUCCACUGUCGAACAGCUCUUACUGUCAGGAAGUUCUUCCUAAUGUUUAGGUGGAAUCUUCUUUCUUGUAGUUUGGAUCCAUUGCUCCGUGUCCGCUUCUCUGGAGCAGCAGAAAACAACCUUUCUCCCUCCUCUAUGUGACAUCCUUUUAUAUAUUUGAACAUGGCUAUCAUAUCACCCCUUAACCUCCUCUUCUCCAGGCUAAACAUGCCCAGCUCCCUCAGCCGUUCCUCAUAAGGCAUCGUUUCCAGGCCUUUGACCAUUUUGGUUGCCCUCCUCUGGACACGUUCCAGUUUGUCAGUGUCCUUCUUGAACUGUGGUGCCCAGAACUGGACACAGUACUCCAGGUGAGGUCUGACCAGAGCAGAAUACAGUGGCACUAUUACUUCCCUUGAUCUAGAUGCUAUACUCCUAUUGAUGCAUAGCCUGGUUAACUCUGCAUUAGCCUGGUUAACUCUGCAUUCCAGCGGGCCACCAGGGAAUCAGCUGAAAGGGCAUCAACUGGCAUAAAACAUUCCCUACCACUCUCUGGAAACCAUUUGGAUCUAUAAAGUGGCGGGGCGGACCAUCCGAAUCGGUCCCACGUCCCUACAGAAGGGAAGGGUCGCGGAGAAGUCCAGUUGCACCAGGAGGUGAUCUGACCAUGGCACUUCUUUUGUUUCACUUUUACUUAGUGUCAGAGCACCCACAUCACUAGAGGUGAACACCAGGUCCAAAGCAUGUCCGUGACUAUGAGUUGGGCCAUACUUAUUCAGGGACAGCCCCAUGGAGGCCAUGCUUUCCACGAAGUCCUGAGCGGCCCCUUGUAAGGUCGUGUUGGCAUGGAUGUUAAAAUCCCCCAGGACAACCAAACUAGGUGUCUCCGGAAGAACAUCCGCCAUGACCUGAAGCAGCUUUGUCAGGGAAUCCUUGGUGCAGUGGGGAGGUUGGUACACCAAAAGGAAUCCUGUACUGCUUCUAUUGCCCAACUUCCAGAACAUGCACUCAUAAAACUGGGUCUUCCCAAUAGGAUGCCUGGUGCAAGCUAAUGACUGCCUAAAAAAUCACUGCAACCCCCCCCCCCCGCCACCACCUGUAUGACCUGGGUUGCUGUGUGUAAGUGAAACCUGGUGGACAAGCAGCAGCAAGCGCAGACCAAACAGCUUCAUCCAACCAAGUCUCAAGCCAGAUCAAGUCAUAGAUGGCAGUGGUCUUAUUAAUCAGUGACCUAGCAUUGCACAGCAGCACCUUUAGGUCAUAUGGGUCUCCGUUGCUGAUUCCAACAUCCUUCUGGUCAAGACCAGACCCAGAGGCAGAAAUAGUAUUCAAACAACGACUAAACCUGCCUCCUCGGUAAUGACAUGGUCUAAGACAUUACCUAGAGGAGGCAGGAGAAAAUGGACUGCAGAAAUCUAGCACUUUCAGAAGAGAGGGAAGGUGGAGAAAGUGUGUCCCUCCAGAAGUUGCUGCACUGCAACUCCUAUCAUCCUGGCCAUUGAAUGUUCCUGCCUGGGUGGAUGCUAGUUUGAGUUUAGCCACAUCUGGAAGACACAUCUGGCCUCACCCCAGCAUAGAAGGUUUCUCUUGGUGCUCAGUGUUACAUGGGAGUUCAAGGUGGAACUGGAUACUAAGAGACAAUUUUCUUAUAUAUCUACAUAUCUAUCUAUCUAUCUACAUAUUUAUAUCAUCUAUCUCUAUCUAAAUCUUAUUUACCAUUUUCAUUUUUACACUUGAAACAAUAACAAUGCUUCCAAUGCAAAACACAUAAUUGAUAUUGACUCCCCUUCCACUCCUUCCAUGGUUCAUUUUGUUAAUUUAUUUUCCACUACAUAUUCUAAUUUUCCCCAUAUCUUAUUUUAUCUCAGUUUUAUAUCCCAGUAUUCUUACUGCUGAAUUCAUUCUUUUACUGUUAUCUUUUUAAUGUGUUUACAGUAAGUUUCCAAAAUAAUCUACAAAGCAUUUCCAAUCUUCAUUUUUAAAAUUAUUUUUAAUUUUAAUUUAUAUACAUUACAACAAUUAUUUUGCAAUUAUUAGUUUUAACAUUUUCAAUUUCAACUCCCUUCCAUCUCAAUUUAUGCAGUUCCUUACAUUUAUUAUCUUCCUUUCCUGCAUACUCCAAAUUGUCUUAACUUAUUCUUUUAUUCAUCUAUUCUCAUAUAUCUCUCAUAUAUAUAUUUUAAGCUGCAGGUUUUUACAAUAAUCCUGCCUAUGUCUUCAUCUGUUUACAGUUUGUGAAUACUCAAUAAACCAUUUCCAUUCCUUUCUAAAAAGUUUGCUAUCUUGAUUUCUUAUUCUUCUGGUAAGUUUCACCAUUUCUGCAUACUCCAUUAGUUUCUGUAUGCAAUGUUCUUUCGUUGGGACCCCUUCAUCCUUCCAUCUUUGGACAAAUAAGAGUCUUGCAGCUGUAGACAUAUACGUAAAUAAAUUUCUAUACUGUUUGGGUAGUUCUAAUCCUAUAAUUCCCAAGAGAAAAGCUUCUGGGUUUUUUAAAGGAAAGAUAUUUUAAACAUCUUUUUCAGUCAUUAUGUAUCAUUUGCCAGUAAGCUUUAACCUUAUUACAAGACCACCACAUGUGCAAAAGGUGCCUUCUUUCUCUUUACAUUUCCAACAUUUAUUUGACUUUAAUUUAUACAUUUUUGCCAAGCUACUAGGUGUUAACUGCCAUCUAUAUAGCAUUUUCAUAUAAUUUUCUCUUAAACCAUAACAUGCUGUAAAUUUUAUAUUCGUAUUCCAUAAUCUUUACCAUGCUUCCAUAUCUAUAUUAUGACCAAUAUCUAUUGCCCAGUGUAUCAUUGAAGAUUUCACUUGCUCAUUCUUUGUCUCCCAUUCCAAUAACAUGGUGUACAUUUUAGACAUCACUUUAACAUUACAAUUUAACAUGUCUCUCUCUAAUUGUGAUGGUUGUUCCCUAAACCCCCACUUCAUAUCCUUUUUAAAUAUGUAAUUCAAAUGAUGAUAUUGUAACCAUGUUGUUAACAUUCCUGGUAAAUCCUUCAACUCUUUUAAUUUAAAUUCUCCUCCUCUCUUAAUAAAUUUCUGUUAGUUGCCCAAUUUUCCAUCAUAUUUUUCUUUUUCUCCGCUAUGGCUUCCAAAGGUGAAAGCCAAACGUUCCCCAUAAAUUUUUAUAUCUGUCCCAUAUUCUAUACAAUUUUUUCCUAAUUCUAUGGUUUGUAAAGCCUUUAUGUACUUUCACCAUUUCAAUACCACAGAUAAGCUUCAUAAUAUCAUAUCCGGCAGGGAGAAACCUCCUCUAUCUUUCAGUUCUAUCAGUAUUUUAUAUUUUAUUCUUGUUUUUUCCCCUUGCCAGGUAUAUUUAGAAAUAUUUUUUUGCCAUUUUUGAAGCAAUCUGCCUUGCAGAUCAUCAGCAUUUCCAAUCUUCUUCAAAUACUAUUUUAUCUUGAUCUCUUAUUCUAUUUGUCAAUCUUCCCAUUUCUAUACAUUCUAUUAAUUCAUCUGCCAUUCCUCCUUCGUUGGCAUCCUCCUUCCACUUCUGAGCAUACACCAUACAUGCUGCUGUAGUUGCAUAUAUAAAAAGAGAUCUGUGAUCCCUAGAUAUACUUGCAUCUAUUAUACCUAAAAGAAAAGCUUCUGGGGUUUUAACAAAGGUCCUCUUAAACAUUUUUUUCAGCUCAUUAAAUAUCAUUUCCCAGAAGUUCUUAACCAUUUUGCAUGUCGACCACAUAUGAUGAAAAGUAACUACUUUCCCCUUACAUUUCCAGCAGAUAUCUGAUUCAGUCUUGUACAUUUUAGCUAAUUUACUCGGUGUCAGAUACCACCUAUAUAUCAUUUUCAUAAAAUUCUCCUUCAGUGUGCAAUAUGCUGUAAAUCUAAAAUCUUUUCCCACAUUUUUCCCAAGCACUCAUCUCCAUAUUAUGACCUAUAUCUCUUGCCCACCCAUUAUUAUAAUCUUAUCCAAAUAAUCAAAUAACUUCUCCUUAAAUACCUGGUUUUUUUCCUCAUUUGGUGCAAAGACUCUCACCAAGAACAUUUUUUCUCCAUCAACAAUUGCCUGUAUCCUGAUAAUUCUUCCUUGGUCAUCUUUAAAUAAUUGUUAUGGGUUCAAACCAUGUUCUAUAUGCAUUACCACACUUCUCUUUUGAGUUUUUCUGAGAUUAUAAACUCUUCAACAAAUAUCUUGUUUACUAAUACUCUGCUGUGUCGACUUGCAACAUGUGUCUCCUGCACUAAGAGAUAAUUUUCUGGGAUUAUUUCCUUUCCAAAAAUGUGGUACAUAGGAGAGGAGAGAUUGUUGGAGGUGUUGCUGUGUGUUAAGUUCUCUUGUUCUGUGUGUUAAGUUCUCUUGUUCUGUUCCUUGAAAUCCUAACAAUAUUCUCUUUCUCUCCUACUUUAAACCAGGUGAUGGAGAAGGCAAUCAGAAUUUUGAGGGGCCAUCUGUAAAGUACUACAGUGUGAGUGAACACCUUAGCACACAUCUACAAACUAACGCAGGGGAGAAACCCUUUAAAUGUAUGGAGUGUGGAAAGAGUUUCAGUGAAAGAGGAAAACUUACCGUACAUCAACGAAUUCACACCGGGGAGAAACCAUUUAGAUGUAUGGAGUGUGGGAAGAGCUUCAGUCAGUGUUCACACCUUACUAUACAUCAACGAACUCACACUGGGGAGAAACCAUUUAAAUGUAUGGAGUGUGGAAAGAGCUUCAGUGAGAGUGGAAAACUUACCGUACAUCAACGAACUCAUACAGGAGAGAAACCCUUUAAAUGUAUGGAGUGUGGGAAGAGCUUCAGUGUAAGUGGAAAGCUUACUAUACACCAACGAACUCACACAGGAGAGAAACCCUUUAAAUGUAUGGAGUGUGGAAAGAGCUUCAGUCAGUGUUCACAGCUUACUAUACAUCAACGAACUCACACAGGGGAGAAACCAUUUAGAUGCAUGGAGUGUGGAAAGAGCUUCAGUGUAAGUGGAAAACUUACUGAACAUCAACAAACCCACACAGGGGAGAAACCAUUUACAUGUAUGGAGUGUGGAAAGUGCUUCACUUGCAGUGGGAGCCUUACUGUACACCAACUAACUCACAAAGGGGAGAAACCAUUUAAAUGUACGGUGUGUGGAAGGUUCCUCAGUAGUAGGGGAGCACUUAAAAAACAUCACUUAACUCACACAACAGAUAAACCAUUUAAAUGUAUGGAGUGUGGAAAGAGCUUCAGUGAAAGUUCACAAUUUGCCAUACAUCUACGAACUCACACAGGGGAGAAACCCUUUAAAUGUUUGGAAUGUGGAAAGAGCUUCAGUACAAGUUCACAGCUUACUAUACAUCAGCGAACUCACACAGGGGAGAAACCUUUUAAAUGUAUGGAAUGUGGAAAGCGCUUCAUUGAAAGCGGAAAACUUACUGUACACCAACGAAUUCACACAGGGGAGAAACCAUUUAGAUGUGUGGUGUGUGGAAAGAGUCUCAGUAGUAGUGGAGCACUUACAAAACAUCAACUAAUUCAUGCAGGGGAGAAACCAUUUAAAUGUAUGGAGUGUGGAAAGCUCUUCAUUGAAAGCGGAAAACUUACUGUACACCAACGAAUUCACACAGGGGAGAAACCAUUUAGAUGUGUGGUGUGUGGAAAGGGUCUCAGUAGUAGUGGAGCACUUACAAAACAUCAACUAAUUCAUGCAGGGGAGAAACCAUUUAAAUGUAUGGAGUGUGGAAAGCGUUUUAGUGAAAGUUCACAACUGAUCAUACAUCUUCGAAUUCACUCAGGAGAUAAACCCUUCAAAUGUAUGGAGUGUGGAAAGAGCUUCAGUCGGAAAGGAGUCCUUAUUGUACAUCAACGAACCCAUAUGGGGGAAAAACCAUAUAAAUGUGUGGAGUGUGAGAAGAGCUUCAGUUGUUGUGAAAAUCUUAAUUUACAUCAACGAACUCACACGGGGGAGAAACCCUAUAAAUGCAUCCAUUGUGGAAACAGCUUCAGUAAUAGUGGAAACCUUACAAGACAUCAACGAACUCACACAGGAGAGAAACCCUUUAAAUGUAUGGAGUGUGGAAAGUGUUUCAGUAAUAGUGGAGCACUUACAAAACAUCAACUAACUCAUACAGGGGAGAAACCAUUUAAAUGUAUGGAGUGUGGAAAGAGCUUCAGUGAAAGGGGGAAGCUUACUGUACAUCUACGAAUUCACACAGGGGAGAGACCCUUUAGAUGUAUGGAGUGCGGAAAGAGUUUCAGUGAAAGUGGAAAACUUACUGUACAUCAACGAAUUCACACAGGGGAGAAACCAUUCAGAUGUCUGGUAUGUGGAAAGUGCUUCAGUCGGAAUGGAAUCCUUACUGUACAUCAACAGACUCAUGUACGGGAGAAAUCAUUUAAAUGCAUGGAGUGUGAAAAGAGCUUCACUAAAGGUUCACAACUGAUCAUACACCUACGCACUCACACAGGGGAGAAACCCUUUAAAUGUUUGGAGUGUGAAAAGAGUUUCACUUGUAGAGGAAGCCUUACUGUACAUCAACGAACACACAGAGGGGAGAAACCAUAUAAAUGUUUGGAGUGUGGAAAGGGUUUCAGUCGAAGUGGGCAUUUUAGAAUCCAUCAGCGAACUCACACAGGGGAGAAACCAUUUAAAUGUAUGGAGUGUGGGAAGUGCUUCAUUGAGAGUGGAGCUCUUACAAGACAUCAACGAACUCACACAGGGGAGAAACCAUUUAAAUGUAUGGAAUGUGGGAAGAGUUUCAGAGAAAGGGGCAAACUUACAGUACAUCAACAAAUUCACACUGGGGAGAAACUGUUUAAAUGUUUGGAGUGUGGAGAGAGUUUUAGUCAAAAUGGACAUUUUAUAAGACAUCAACAAACUCACACAGGGGAGAAACCAUUUAAAUGUAUGGAGUGUGAGAUGUGCUUCAAUGAGAGUGGAGCACUUACAAAACAUCAAGAAGCUCAUAGAGGAGAAACCAUGUAA